CAUCAUCAUCAUCAUCAUUAUUAUUAUUAUACAGAUAAAGCCCUAGAAGAAUUAACACUUGAUGAAUUAGAUGAAAAAGAAGAUGAAAUAGAUGAAGAAGAGGAGCGAAUAUUUCAAGAAUACAGACGGCAACGUAUAUUAGAAAUGAAAGCCGCAAACAUGGCUGCAAAAUAUGGAGAUGUUUUAGAAAUUUCCAAAGAAGAUUAUGUUACAGAAGUUAACAAAGCAGGCGAAGGAGUGUGGGUAAUCCUUCAUGUUUAUAAAUGUGGUAUUCCAUUGUGUUCGCUCAUAAACCAACAUUUAACUGGCCUUGCACGUAAGUUCCCACAGACGAAAUUCAUCAAGAGCAUAUCGUCAGUCUGUAUUCCAAAUUACCCCGACAAAAAUUUACCCACCAUCUUUGUAUACUUCGAAGGAAAUAUAAAGAAGCAGUUUGUUGGUCCAUUUGCCUUUGGCGGAAUGAAACUAACAAUAGAUGAUUUUGAAUGGAUGCUUUCUGAAGUUGGUGCAGUUAAAACUACAUUAGAAUGUUGUCCUAAAAAAGACGGAAUAAGAGAUGUAAUGGACAUGGCUGUUAAGAACAGCAAAAUCACUGACGACAGUGAUGACGAAGACGAUUGGUAAGAUUUCUUUUCACCAAGUGAACAAAUACAGUCUGGAACAUCUGAACAUCAACACCUACAGGCUCUAUAUUCUAUUCCAAGCUGAAAGAUCCUGUUGCUCUCAUUUUGGGACUUUGCCAUUUACCAGAAUUUCCCUACAGUUCAACAACCUUCAUUUAUUCUCCGCUUCAGCUGAGAUCACAUUUCUCCUUUGACCAAGACUAGCGGAUUCUAUUUGACUCAGUCUGUGUACCAAGGAAAACUAGUAACAUUCUCACUUGUUGACUGAGUGCUUGACAUUUAUAAAGAAUAACCAAACAGUAAUACUAAAGAUUAUGUUUUUGAGAUAUAAUAUAUAAAACAAUAAAAGUACAUAUUAGUACAAAAACAUUAAUUUAUUUAUUUAUUUAAGGUAAAUCACAGUGGUUGUAAGGUUAGAAUAUCGACUGCAAACCAACCAACAGGUUGCUGUUUCCAAGCUCUGCUGUCACAGCUGUUGUAUCCAUGCUUCAAAGCAAGCACCACAUAACCCUGCUUGACUGAUCAUGAACUCUUACUUCGCUCCAUGCUCUACUGGUGCAUAGUUAACGUUAUAAGAACAACCUGCUACAAAAGUAAAAUGGUCGCGCCAUACUAUGCUAGCAUUUAAAAAAAGAAAAAUAUGAACAAAA